AUGAACGCGCAGCCAGGCGCCCGCACCUCCGACGCUGCCGUCGCCUUUGCGUCUACGACCCCCGCAGGCGGCCGAACCCCUCGCGUUGAAGAGCAUGGCCAACGCAGCGCGCUGGCCUCGCGCAUCCUGCACCUUGGGUCUGUUGACCCCACCGCCGCUGAGUCGGCGCGUGCCUUGCCGGCCUCUACCAGCCCAUCCGUGCCGCCAGAUGCGAACCCCAACGGUGGCUGCCUCAUCGAAUACAGCACCUAUGUCACAAGGGCCAGCGGCUUGCAAACCAAACUGUAG